GCUUUGCUGCAAUUGAGACUCAAAACAUGGCUGAUGAAGACUCCACAACAAAGGUCACCUCUCGGAAGACAAGGGGAGCAAAGGAAACUUUGAAAACAACAGGUAUACUCUAUCCUAUUUCUAACCACCUAUCAUAUGAAUCUUUCUCACCCAAUCACAUAGCCUUACUUGCGGCCAUCACUUCCAAUGAUGAGCCUCGUUCAUUUUUGCAGGCCAUUAAGAAUGAAAAGUGGAGAGAAGCACUGAGGAAAGAGAUCAUUGCCCUUGAGGAGAAUAGCACUUGGACACUUGAGGGUUUACCUCCCGAUAAACGAGCUAUUGAUUCGAAAUGGGUCUAUAAGAUUAAGUACAAACCAGAUGGUUCGAUCGAACACUAUAAGGCAAGACCUGUGGCCAAAGGCUUUACACAAAUUGAAGGCUUGGACUACCAUGAAACAUUUGCCCCUAUUGCAAAGUUGGUGACCGUAAGAGUACUUCUGGCACUUGCUUCCAUUAGCUUUAUUGCAGUUUUAAUAGACGUGGAUGACAUCAUUAUCACUAGCAAUGAUACCACAAGAAUCAACACUCUGAAGAAGAAUCUGCACACAAAGUUCUCCAUAAAAGAUCUUAUGCCUUUAAAAUACUUCCUUGGAAUUGAGGGACUAUUGGAGCUCGUCCAAGCCCUUUUCCUAUGGAGCAGCAUCACCGAUUACAUUCUACCACAAGGCCACUUCUUUCGAAUCCUGCUCAAUAUCGAAGAUUGGUGGGGUGUCUCUUAUAUUUGACAAUCACAAGACCAGAUAUCUGUUAUUCUGUGAGCAUACUUACACAAUUUAUGCAAAACCCAAGGCAAGAGCAUCAUGAAGCAGCCAUGAGAGUAUUACGAUACAUCAAGACCUCACCUGGACAGGGUAUUCUCCUAUCCU